AUGACGUAUGCAUUCGACAUCUCACCUGGGAAACGUGCCAGUCGCGCCAGCUUCGUCUGGCGGCAGCUCUUUGUCACACCACCGCCCGUCUCAUCCGAUGAAGUCAACCUGGCGGGGAGAACAGCACUUGUUACUGGCGCUACCGGUGGAAUAGGUCUCGAGAUAACACGCCAGCUACUGGGCCUUGGAUGCAAGGUCAUCAUGGGUGUUCGAGAUGAGCACAAAGGCGAGGCAGUCCGUCAAGAUCUAAUCAAGGAAGGCAACCUCACCGAUGACAUGGUUCAGGUUUGGAAGCUAGAUCUCUCAUCAUACCAAUCCAUUACCGCCUUUGCUGCCAAUGCAAAGAACUUGGACAAUCUAAAGAUCGCCAUCCUCAACGCAGGUAUCUACAAAGUAUCAGAGGCUUUUAGCCCAACAGGGUACGAGGAAGGGAUGCAGAUCAACUACCUAUCAAACAUUCUUCUGCUCAUCUCACUGUUGCCCAUCAUCAAGAAGAAUGCACCCGCGGGUGAGACUGGUCACAUCUGCCUUGUGUCAUCCGACACAGCCGCCUGGGCUAAAUUCGAGGAGAGAACCUCGACACCUCUCCUACCCGUAUUCAAGAAACCUAUGAAAACAUGGGAUAUGGGAGAACGCUAUGGUACGACAAAACUGCUCGGCCAGCUAUUCCUCACCGCCUUAUCGAAACGCGUGUCGUCAGUUGCACUGUCCUGCGCGAACCCAGGGCUUUGCGGCGGUGGCUCAGACCUUGCUCGUGAAGCAAAAGGUAUACUUCGAUUUGCACACAAGAUACAGUGUCUUGUUCUCUGUCGGACAUGUGCUAUUGGUGCUCGUACAAUUGUGCACUCGGUUACGACGCUGCAUAAGCAAGCACAUGGUCACUACAUCGAGGGUGAUAAGAUACAGCCCAUGGCACCGAUUGUGUAUCAAGAUGAGGGGAAAGAGAUUGCUGAGCGACUGUAUGCAGAGACACUGGAGGAGCUGUCAUUUGCUGGGGUGAGACAGAUUAUAGAUGGUCUACCAGAGUAA